AUGGCCAUGGCCAAGAAAACCGCUAUGCCCACGGCAUCGUCCGCCUCUUCCCCUGUCUUGGGCACCGCUGCCAAGGACAGUUCCACCCCCGCGUCCUUUUUGAAACGCAAACCCGUCAAAUCAGUAAAACCCUCUGGUUCACCCACUUCUCUCAACUCAGUAGCACAGAAUGCCAUCAAAGCAUCGGCAACCCUCACCCCUCCUCCAAAGGACGCAACCAUGUCCAACAUGGUCGGACCCCCUCAUUCUCAACACCAGCAGCAACAGCAGCAACAACAGCAAUACCCACAAAACCGCCCAAGUCGAUAUCCGAUCGCCGGUUCCAAAGGCAGGGGAAUGAUGGCCAUCAGUGCGGACGAACAAUCGGGGAGGGCAUCCCCUGUAUCUUUUCAGCAAUCACAAGACGAGCUAUUCUCGAAGCUGGAGCUAUUGGCUGCUGCAAAGGGCAGGACCAAACCUGGAGAGACCCAGAGGCCAAUAACAAAUGGAUCAUUGACGACAGGAACGAGAGGCGGUAACAGCAAUGGUGGUCAGACGAUAUCUUCAGGUGGGAAGGCGCAUGGAUUGGUUGGCAACAAGAGUAUUACUUUUAACCAAGGCCUGAGUCAUAACCAGAGUGGGUCGCUUAUGAAGCAAGGGAGUACAUCGACUGCCACUUUGAAACUCCUGCCUCGCAAGACCCCAGGAGGAGUAGGAGGAGCGCAGACCGUCAACAAUUCCUCAUCGUUGUCGGUCAACCAGAAGCCCCGCGAGCCACGACGGAGGAUCAACAGUGCUCAGUUCAGGACCCCUAGUGCAGUCGAGACGGCCGAACUUGCUCGGGUGGUCAUGGCCAAUGCCUCGCCCCCAAAGGUCCAGAACAAGCUCCGCAAGAGGGCAAGCACAUUGAGCCUGACUGCCACUACAUUCAUGCCCUCUGGUAGCCAUAACUCUAGCGUGGCAGGAAUGGGCUCUCACGGAGGAGCAGCACCAGACCACCAUGCUGACCAGGAUUACCGUCAGUUGUACGAGGCAGUCCUGAAGGAGGCCAAGGUCUGGGAAAAGAAGUGUUCUUCUGCCCAGAACCAGAUCCACUAUGAACGUGAACGUUGGGAGGAAAAGUAUGGUGAACUGGAGAGGAUGUACAGGGACUUGGAGAGCAGCAAAACAGAGGCCAAUGUGGACAAAAUGAACUCACUCCUGGAUACGGUCCAGCAACUUCAACUGGCGAACGAGGUUUUCAGGAAGCAGCUCCAGGAUGCAGGUAUCGAACCCGAUCCUAUGCCCGCGGCUGAGUUCCAUUCUCAACACCUACUUGUGGGCGAGAACUUGGACCGGACGUUCUUGGAGGAGAAUGAGGUGAUGAAGGAAAAGUCAUUGGUUACCAACCAAAAGAUCUCUCAUCUCUCAACCGAGAUUAACAAUGUGGCGAUUGCGAUCUCUCAGACGGUCAACUAUGUACAGCUCCGCUACUUGACCCAGAUGCUCGACGCCGCUGAACAUGUCUCCUCUCAGAGUCGCACCCGCGCCAUGUCCAACAGCUUCCUCUCCGACAUGCUGAGCCGCGGCGUCAAGAAGACCGGUCCUGCAGCCAAGAACACUAAUUCGAUCUCGACGCAGACCCCGGCCAUGCUCAUGUCCAGCCUGCAGCAACAAGGGAACAACAACGGAAGCGCCACCUUCCGUUCCCUCGAGACAACCCUUAGCAAAAGUUUCAGCUUCACUAACAGUAUCUUGAACCUUGCCGGCCUCAACAACAACGGUCAGGGUCACACUGAGAUUAUAUACAAACUCAAGGGCGGUGUCACCGACGAUCGUUCGCAGCUCACUCGCCAGGGUAUCCCUCCUUUGGUUAUCCAAGACCUCAAGGGCAACCCUGCCUCUCCAGACUCUGAAGAUGUCAUGGCCGCCAACCGAGCCAACCCUCCCAUCCCCAGAUUCCAGUACGCCUCCCCCACAACCUCCCAGCUCCGGAUCUUUGUCCCUGACUCUAACAAUCCCGGAGCCUUUGGGCACAGUAGCGGUGCGAGCGUGUGCAACAUGAGCAUCGCCAGCGGAUCCCGCUCCGGCAGUGUCCUCAACGGACUCGAGGACCACGGCGGAGACGGUGGUGGUGUCGGUAUAGGAGGAGGCAUCGGAGGAGGUCUUGGACAGUUCCGUCGGUCAUCGUCGGAUGUAAGCCUCCAGAUGGCAGGUUUGCAUAACUACCAACAAGGACUGCACUCAUUGCAACAAGCAAACUUCCAAGGACCUGUCAGGACUGGAGGCAAAUACCCCUAUCCGUACCACCAUCCUUCGUCCUCCUCCUCGUCGUCGAAUUUAUCGUCGCGCACUCCUAGCCAGCAAGACUUAUCCUUCAGCGCGCCUACCAAUCUGCCUCAGGCGGCGCCGAGCCAACAGUUCCUGUCACCCGAAAUGGCGGUCCUCCAUAGUCACCAUAACAAAUCUCCCCAUAGCAUCAGCAGCAGCAGCACGCAUAGUUCUUCCAGCUCCUCCGGCAGUACCGGUGCCAAUAACGGCAACGACACCACCGGCAUCGACGUCUCCUCUACCACCACAACUACAUCCAGUAAUAGCGCAAGCGACCCGAGCGGGGAGUAA